UCCACUGCGUUGUCAAGUGAUCAACGAAGAUGCAGCUCAGGCCAGGCAUGUCGGCUAUAGUCACCGGCGGCGCCUCCGGUAUCGGCCGAGCGCUGGUGCUGGCUCUUGCGCGGGAAGGAAUUUUCAUCACGAUUAUUGAUUUUGCGGAUGAGAAAGGGAGAGAGGUCGCCUCGUUGGUGGAGAAAGAAGCCUCCAAGCUUCACACGGGGCUGGAAUUACCGGCGGCGAUGUUCAUCAAAUGCGACGUAACGGACUCGAAUGAACUUGCUGCUGCUUUCGACAAGCAUGUUGCGAUUUAUGGGGGAUUGGAUAUCUGUAUUACCUGCGCGGGAAUCGGAAGUCCUGUUUCAUUCUACGAGGAUCGUACUGAUGGAUCGAAAUCCUGGAGGCGAACGAUUGCGAUCAAUUUGGUCGCAGUUAUUGAUUCAACUCGCCUCGCGAUUCAAGCAAUGCAAGAAGCUAAAAAACCUGGCGUGAUCAUAAAUGUUGGAUCUGCUUCAGGGCUAUUCCCCCUAUACAAUGAUCCUAUUUACUCAGGAUCCAAAGGAGGAGUAGUUAUAUUCACCAGAUCACUGGCUCUUUACCGGCGGCAAGGAAUACGUAUUAAUGUGCUUUGCCCUGAGUUUGUUCAAACUGAAAUGGCUUCUAAAGUGGAUCCAAAGAUAAUCAAUUUGACAGGGGGGUUCAUGCCAAUGGAAAUGGUCGUGAAAGGUGCUUUUGAGCUUAUUCAAAAUGAAAGUAAAGCUGGCUCUUGUUUGUGGAUAUCUAACAAAAGGGGCUAUGAAUAUUGGCCAACUCCUGGAGAAGAAGAAAAAUAUCGUCGACACCCUAAGAAUUUGAAGAGAAACUCUUCAAUUCUGACCCCACUAAAUAUUCAAGUUCCUCAUAGUUUUGAGAAGAUAGUUGUACACACUCUAAGUCACGACUUCCGAAGUGCAACAAGUGUAGUGCAGGCAUCAUUGAAAUUGCCACUUCAACCAGAUUAUGUUCUUUUGAAAAUCAUAUAUGCUGGAGUUAAUGCUAGUGAUGUAAAUUUUAGCUCUGGAAGGUAUUUCAGUGGGAGCAACAAAGACAGUGUAUCUGUCCUUCCAUUUGAUGCUGGCUUUGAGGCAGUGGGUGUAAUUGCUGCCAUAGGCAAUUCAGUUAAACACCUGAAAGUUGGCACUCCAGCAGCAAUCAUGACCUUUGGUAGUUAUGCUGAAUUUACAGUGGUACAUGCAAGACACAUCCUUUCUGUAGAAAGGCCAGACCCAGAAGUAGUUGCUAUGCUCACAUCUGGUUUAACAGCAUCCAUUGCGUUAGAGAAGGCAGCACAAAUUGAUACUGGAAAAACUGUUCUUGUCACUGCUGCUGCAGGAGGAACAGGGCAAUUUGCAGUACAGCUGGCAAAGUUAGCUGGAAAUAAAGUCAUUGCAACAUGUGGAGGAAAAGACAAGGCUGAGCUUUUGAAGGAUUUGGGAGUGGAUAGGGCAAUUGACUAUAAAGCUGAAAACAUCAAAACUGUUCUAAAGGAGGAGUUCCCUAAGGGCGUAGACAUUGUAUAUGAGUCUGUCGGUGGCGAAAUGUUUGAUCUGUGCUUGAAUGCUUUGGCAACCUACGGCCGUCUUGUCGUCAUUGGGAUGAUUUCUCAGUAUCAAGGAGAACAUGGAUGGAAACCAAGAAAUUACACUGGAUUAUGUGAAAAGCUUCUAGCAAGAAGCCAGACUGUGGCUGGGUUUUUCUUGAUACAAUACAGUAACUUGUGGCAAGAACAUCUAAAUAAGCUCAUGGAUCUGCACUACUCAGGAAAGCUCAAGGUCGCCGUCGACCCAAAACAGUUCUUGGGCGUCCAUUCUGUUGCUAAUGCUGUCGACUAUCUUCAUUCUGGUAAAAGUAUUGGCAAGGUUGUUGUCUGCAUUGAUCCUAAUUUCAGUCACCAGGCUGCUAAAUUAUAACAUGAUAAAAACGUCCAAUCAUGUCAAUAAAUUGGGGGCUUGUUUGCGCUUUCACCAGAAAAUGUCAGGCAAGUAUGCAAAGGUAAGUAUUU